CAGUUCUCUCAAAAUCGUCGAGCAAUCAACAUGAACGGAGUGAAGUCGUUGUACAUUUUGGGCCUGGUUCUCCUGAGCUUGGCUGCCUUUGUCGUAGCUGAUAAUGUGGUUGGAGGUGUAAAACAACUGGAGGGAGAUGAAAGGAAGGCGGCUCUGGAUCUCCUGGAUACCAGUCUCGUCAAGUUGUCUUCUGGCGAUGGCUCAAGCUACAAGGCGAUCAAAGUGACCUCGGUGACAGGUCAGGUUGUGGCUGGAACCCUUAACGUUUACGAGUUGGAGCUAGAGAAGGGAUCCGACAAAAAGGAGUGCACCGUGAAGAUCUGGUCGCAGCCGUGGUUGACGGAGAAUGGCACCAACAUCAAGAUCAAGUGCGUCGGAGAUGACGACGAGGUGGAUAGCACCUGGUAAAGGGAUCUAUCUGUUUCAAUUCCUGAAAAACCCAUUUGUUUUCUGAAGGGAUAAAUUUAAAUAAAUUGAUAUGAAAUAACACUGGCUCGAAAAAA